AGGAUAGAGCAGUCCGGUAAAAAAAUAAGUGUAAAAUUAAAUAAAAAAAACCGUUCUAGUUUGUACAAGUUCUUGUAGCUCAAGGGCUACACUGUGUUUGACAUUUGAUACUUGGGCCUCACACUAAUUUUGCUCCCCUUAUUUACAACUCUGACAGCCUCCUUGGCUUCGAGGUCUGUCGAAAAGACAGAAAUAUGAAAAAAAAACCCAACAUUUUUUAUAUCAAACCUCUCAACAAAGCUUUUAUAAAGCACUUUUUAUAAAUAUAUAUAGAAUUAUACAUUUUUAUAAAGAUAUUUCCUAUCCGACAUUAGUGAGUGAGUGAUAUAGACAGUGCAAAGCUCUUUUUCUGAUCAUUUGAACUGAAAUGUAAAAAGGGAUAUAGUUACAGGCAGGAUCCCUUUAAUAAGUAAUCAUACUGUGCAUUGUUCUCUUGAAAAUGAAUUUAAAAUUACACAACUCUUUCAUUAUCCAUUCAGGAAGGGCAGUACUGGGAACACAUUCUUCCUAACCGUUAAUACCUGUGUCCCACUGCUAUCAAUCAUCAUAUCACUGUCUGCCUGUAUCUCCAAUCAAGUCUAUUCUAUCUGUCAAGUAGAGCAUUGUGAUUAAUGUCUGAUUAGGCCCUACAGACAGACAGCUUCAUAAAACUGUUUAGUGCUGUUCAGAAUGUCUGAUAGAGUUGGAAAGGUCCUUGGAAGUGGUGGUGGGGUGUGUAUUAUUGUAAUCCUCAGAGUGUAGUGUCCAGCCACUUCCUGCAGCAAAUGUUCCUGGCAUUGAAUUGCUGUAUCGUUCCUUACUGUGAAUUUAUUUAAUGGAAUGUGAUCUGCCAAAAAGUGCUGAAAAAUGUAAAUGUAGGUUUAGAGAAACUUUUCUUGACAUCUCAAGAUCUGAGUGACAGAUGUUACUGUAUAAAGUUGCAUUAUUUCAAGCUCGUUUUAUCACGCUGUAACUACUGCAAAAUGAACUGACAUGGAACCAAUACCCAUUUUCUUUUAUAUUUGUUGUACUUUUCUGCCAGUAUAAACGUAAAAUGGGUCUUAAAUUGCAUUCAUAAGGGUCUUUAAAAGGUAUUAAAAAGUCUGCUGAAACCUGCAGAAACCCCGGAGUGAGAGAGUAAAAUGGCAUUAUUCCUAAUUCUGAUUUAAUGCUUCUUGUCCCAACAUUGAUUUUAGCCAUUUUAAAAAGGUAUAUUUUAGGUUAAAACUCUAAAUAAAAUUCAGAAUACCACUACUGCUACUGCUAAUACUACCACUAAUAAAGAUAUAAUAUAUCACAAUUUGAUUCAAAUAUCACAGUAGGGUCAGUUCAGUAUAAUUUAGGUUAAUACUGAUUGUAAUAAUUGUACAAUAAAUAAGUCAGGACACUUUCACAUCCAUCAUUUCAGAGGUGGAUAAUAAUAACAGCAUCAUAUGUGACUUUUGGGCAAUAUCAACACCUAAUACCUAUAUAUGGUAGGCUACUGCUACAGCUCACAUGUCCUGAACAUGCUCAAAUUAUUCAUGAACAGAGAGAGACGAGGUGCCGGGGUGGGGGUAAGGGACAGUGGUAGAAUGAGAGAAGGAGGAAAAUAGAGGAGAGAAGAUGGGCUGUGUAUUAACUUUGCGCAUGUCAGCGUUAAUUGCAAGUAGGCCCUUAUCUUCUACAAGCCAUGCUAUUUGCUUCAGAUACAUGUUAUUUCAAGCAAGCUGUGUAGAAGGAUGGACAAAAUGACAAUACUGUGAGAUGAUAUAUAUUUGACAGAUUUAGCAUUGCACUCCUGUAAUAUUGACUCGUGAUGGACAGUUUACAAAAAGGACAAGUAGAACCAGAGAUAUCGUCUUUUUAUUACACAAACUCUAUUUCCUUGUCAAAACCCAGGGCCUACAUCACCCACAAUCCAACUUUACUUCUGACAGUUGGAUAGAAGACUGGGGGGCCUGAAAUCAAGUCUAAUUUGUGCCACUUUCAUAUUUGGUCCAAAUCAGACUGGAACAGAUCAGAUUCCAUGUGGUUUGAGUUGUUCACACUGUCAUAAAGAAAUCAGAUCUGAGUCACAUACGAGCAAAAGAAUCAGAUUAGGGUCACUUCGCAGUCUGAGCGCAGCCUUUGACUCCAGCCCAAUAACCAAUUAAGCAAUUCGUUUUCAACUAUUAAAUUAAUCACUAACUAUUUUUGCCUUAAGUCAUUUAAGACAAAAUGUCUAAAUUCUCUGAUUUCUGCUUUCUUUAGUCCUCUGUGACAGUUAGGUGAAUAUAUUUGGGUUGUGGACAAAACAGGACGUCACCCUGGACCAAACAACUAAUCAAUUAAUCGAGAAAACGAUUGACAGAUUAGUCUAUAAUGAAUAGAAUUGUUAGUUGUUAUUAGCAUUUUUUCAUACAUAUAAUAUAGAGCAUAAGGUUGCCUUAAAAUGUGCGUGAACUGGGACCAAUGUGUACUAUAAUAGAUGAUAUUCAGAAAGGUAGUUAAUGUGGGUGGAGUGGAGGAGUCUUCUGUGGCAGUCUGUGCUCAUGACCUUCCCAAGAUGGCUGCUGGCAUGUACCACGCAGAUGAGGCACAGGACAGAAAUGAGCUCACAGACCAUCUAAAUAUGGCCGCCUCCCUCUGUAAGUGUCUACUCUGAGCAGAUUAGAUGAGAAUAAGAAGGCUUUAAAGCAUGUUCUGGUGGUUGAGUCAGUGCGCUGAGCAGAUAGGUUGGGUUAGUGUGUCAGAGAUUGCUCUGCUUCUGGCAGAAGCAUAGAUCCAGUUAUUUAUUCAUGUAGCUAGUAAGCUAGCUAGUUGUUAUUUUUAGAAUUUGCAGGUUGUUGUCAGCGUAGCUGCGAAGGUGGUCUUCCAGUCUGACAGACUCUGCAUAAGGACACGUAUUCAAAAUGUCUUACAUCUACCAGUGGCUGGACGUGCCGUGGGGAGACGGAGAUAUGGGGUCGUGGGCAGAUCGCUCUCCUCUCCAUGAAGCAGCUUCCCAGGGUCGACUGCUCGCCCUGCGCACUCUGCUGGCCCAGGGAUAUCACGCCAACAUUGUCACCAUCGAUCAUGUGACCCCUCUCCAUGAAGCCUGCCUGUCAGGACAUGUAGCCUGUGUCAGAGCAUUAAUAAAUGCUGGAGCUAAUGUGAAUGCUGCUACCAUAGACGGCGCCACUCCUCUGUACAACUGCUGUGCCUCCGGGAGCGUCGGUUGUAUGGAACUACUGCUGCAGAAUGGAGCGCACACACACACGCCGCACACACACUUCCCCUCAGCUCUGCACGAAGCCUGCAAGAGAGGUAAUAGCCAGUGUGUGGAGUCCCUGCUGUCUCAUGGAGCAGAUCCAGACUAUGACGUGUCCCACUUGGGCUCUCCUCUCUACAUGAGCUGUCUGCACCGACACACAGCCUGCUCAAAGAUUCUGCUGCACAAAGGAGCUAAUGCAAAUAUAGGCAGAGGAGGUGACAGUCCUCUGCAUGCAGCUGUCAGACAGGACAGUGCUGAUCAAGUGUCGGUGUUACUGGACUAUGGAGCUGAUGUCAACAUCAGAGACAGUAACAAUCAGCGACCCGUGGAGCUAGCGCCUCCUGGUGGAAAAACACAACAGCUGCUGAUGACAUUUGAAGUUUCUCCGAGGAGUCUCUGCCAGCUGUGUCGUCUCCAGAUCAGGAAUCUGAUCGGUCGGACCAGACUGAAGCUGCUCCCCGUCCUCCCUCUCCCUUCCUUGCUCACUAACUAUCUGGAGCACACGUAGUAUGCAGCAUGGCAGUGAAAAGCAACCACAAUCCAGAUUUCUUUUAACAUUUUUAAUUUGGAUAUGCCAAGCCCCUUAUUAACCACAUUUCAUGUUAAUAUAUCACCAUGCUUUGUCUGCUACAUCAUUACAUCAAAAACACACACUCAAGAUUUACUCUGCUGCACACUGUACUGUACUCUGGUACAUUGCCUUUGUUUGGGCACAACUGGCACAACCUCGGUUUAUUUUAAAUAUAUAUUUUUCUUUAUUUUUUUCCCUGUCAGACGAUUGUCUGACUGAUAGUGACAGCUGAUCCAGACUUUGAACAAAUUUUGUUGGUUGAACACAAUAUGUCCUUAUGUGAAUAUUGGAAUUUAGUUUCCAUUGGCAAAUGCUGGCCUUCAAGUAUCUGUGUGUGUGUGUGUAUGUAUGUAAAUACAAAUAAAUGAUCCAUGUUGACCUGA